CGAGCGCCGGAAAGAGUGAGAGCAGAAACCAGUCUGCAGCUGAUGGUCAGCAAUUAUUUAUUGAUGAUAGUUUUGGAUAUGUUAAUUAUGCCUAUAUGAUACGCAGAAUAUACACCACUCACCUGUCAGUCUCGCCAUUGUCUGUUCCUGUGGUGGUUAUCUCUAUCCCAACGAGGAGCUGAGGUUUGUUGUUGGCGGCAGAAAACAAAAGGAGUGUCGUCACCACAUGUUCAAUUUCCUGUUGUCAACUUUUCCCCGUUCACACCGCAUUCCUCACUUCUUCACUCAACCACGCCCUCCCACACGCCGCUACACCCUCGCAUCAGACGCGAGAGCGGUCGCCUUACUCCAGACAACUCCCCAUCCAUGCGCAGAUAACCCACCGCCGGCCGCUAAAAGGACACCAUGUUUCUCUUCGGUCUGGGGAAGCUCAUUUACGUCAUCGUCCUAACCAUAAACGCCAUCGCUAUCCUCUCAGAAGACCGCUUUUUGGCCCGCAUUGGUUGGGGCCGUACACAGUACGAUCCCGGCUUUGGCGCGGCCCCCGAUAACACAAGCAUCAAAGCGAAAUCUGUCAAUCUAAUAGCAAGUGUGCGGACGGUUAUGAGAAUUCCCCUGAUCGUAAUUAACCUAAUAAUCAUAACUUACGAAAUUAUCUUGGGAUAGAAAGGGAGAAAAGCAAGCUGGGAAAGAGAAGGGAGGGGGAUAUAGGGCAACAACGGGAUUUUUUACUUUUUCAUUUUUACAGAGCGGGACAUUUCAAAGAACCUUUUAAUCAGAUCGUAUAUACGAAUUUUCUUUCUUAUCCUGAUAUCCCCUUACCAAUUUCCUCCGACUUUCAUAACAUCUACCUACCCUCCUCCGCCAAUUUAUAUUCCUUCAAACCUUUUUCACGACAUCUGCUGAGGGAGCAUGAAACAACUCACCCACCUGCCACACACUUCACCCACCAAAGUGUAGGCGGUGUCUGUAUGGCAUGCGGCUAGCUAACCUUAAAUACCUCACUAAGCAUACCCUUAUCAAUUGUUGGAGGGAUGCGCGCGACGAAGAGCACCAGCGCCUUUUUACUUCCAGAAGUAUUAACUAAAAGCACGUAGAAGGAUAGUGAUAGAUAGGAGGCAUUGGCAUGAAUUUUUCGUAUUCUGACAGGGGGGAACAUCCACUGCAAUAUAGGAAUUAGAUCAUGGAGACAUUUCCCCACCCGCCAGCGCUCGUGGUUAGUUAUUUGAUAUGAAACGAGAGUUGGGUAUAGAAUUGAGGAUCAUCUUCCUCCGCCUCCUCCAUUUAGCCAAGCAAGCAUAGGUAAAAGCGACUAAAUAUAAAGCAGGAUGGUUGAAAUUGAGCAGAAUUAAGGUAGGAACAGAACUGCUCACUUAAAAAAGAAAAUAAACGAAAAAAGGGGCAAAAAACCCAAAAAACCAAACCGUUCACUAGAAAUAAAUAGCCUACCUAACCAAAGACAAAGCCAAA